AUGACUUCAGAAUCAUUGCAAGUGGUGGCUUCGUCUUUUGACCAAUCGGGCCAGAUCCUGGCUUCAGUUAUCCCUUCUUUGGACAUUCAUAAGUUAAGAAUUCACAACGUGUCUGCUAGUUCUAACGAGGGAUCUCAAAUCUCCGAGCACUCGUUUGAUAGAGGCGUCACUGUUCAGUGUUUAAAGUGGAUCUCGCUAUCGAAAAACCAACCGAAAAAGAAGAGAAAGAGAGUUUCGGGUGUUGAUAACUCGACUAACAGCCUUGAGGACUCGUUGGUUGCUCUUGGUACAAACAAUGGAUCUAUUUUAUUAUUUUCUCCUGCUACUGGCUCGGUGGUCAAUACACUGACUGGCGGCCACUCUUUACCAAUAACCGGUCUUUCUACCUCGAGCACACUGCUUUUGUCGUGUGACUCUAACGGAACCAUCUGUGAAUGGAAUAUCAACAAAAAAUCUCUUUUGAGAACGUUUACUUCAUCUGAACCUGAUGUGAACUUGGUAUAUCCUGGUCCUGAAGACCAGCAACUGCUAUUAGCGUCUACAAAUGUUUUCCUGGUCGACCUGGCCAGCUCGGCCGCUUCAAAACUGCCUAAAUCAGCUAUUAUUAAGACAUUCCCAGGUUUCGUUCAUCCAGUUUCCGAUGUUCUAUUUCCCAGCUCGAACCAGGAACUGUUCCUGUGCUCAUCUAAGAACGAGCGUAACAUUAGUGUUCUUUCUCUUUCUGGCAACAAACCUAGUAGCAUUCUUGUGUCACAAUCGGAUGUGGAAUCCAUUUCCCUUAACGAAGAUGACAGUGCAUUGGCUGCUAUCAAUGACGAUGGUCUGGUCGAGAUUUUCACUAGCCCAUUAGACGCUACUAAUGCCGUUGCUGCUGCUGGUAAUAACAGUAGACGCAGUAGAGGCAAGUCUUUAACCAACUCAACAAAAUCAUCGAUUCAAAUUAAGAUUACUCGACCAGCCCCUUCAAAAGAGCUUGUCAAGGUGAGUCAAGUUGUUUUCCACGACGAUCAUAUCACUCUCAACUGGCUUGAAAAUGCUUCGGUACCAGUUUUCGAGCAAGUUCGUUGGAAAGACGAGGAUGGCAAGCCUUUGUCAGGACUUAUUGAGAUUACUAGAGCCAGAAGAGUUCCGGGUCUGGACGAUAUUACCGGUAAAUCUGCUAGAGGUAAUGAUAAAGCUGCUCCUACUACUUAUAAUGAAGCGACUGCCGUUGUUACCAGUGGAAAGGACGUUCACAAUCUUGAAAGUGAUAAAGAAGGAGAUGAAAAUGACGAUGAUGAUGAGGAUGACGAUGAUGAGGAAACUCUGGCUGAUAGAUUAGAUGCCCUGAAUACCACCUCCAGCGACUCGAAACUGAACGGAUCGGCCAAGUCUGCCACCAAGUCAAUUCCCAAGGCCGAGUUUGCUACUCCUGGUUCAUUCGCAGUUAUUCUUAAUCAAGCCCUGAGAACCAACGACAGAGCGCUCUUAGAAUCGUGUCUUGUGAACCGUGACGAGACCAUGGUCAAAGUUUCUGUUCAAAGACUCGACUCUUCGCUCGCAGUUACUUUCUUAGAAAGACUUGCUGAGAAGCUUGCUCGUUCACCCUCUCGUGCUGGUCAAUUGAAUAUUUGGAUUAAAUGGGUCAUGAUUUCUCAUGGUGGUUAUCUCGUCACACUUCCCAAUCUACUCAAGACACUGUCGUCACUUCACUCUACAGUUUCAGAACGUGUUACCACACUUCCUCGACUACUUGCACUUCAAGGACGUCUGGAGCUUCUAAACUCACAAAUGGAAAUCCGACGCGACUUGCUUGCUGAAUCAAGAAGAGCCGAGGAGGACGAUAAUGAAGAAGAAGACGAGGCUGCUGUCGAAUACGUUGAAGAAGGUACAUAUAUCAUGAACGGGGAAGAAGACUUUGACGACAAUGAUGACGACGAAGACGCCGAUGACGACGAUGAAGACCUUGUCGACGACAUCUCUGCUUUCACUAACGGCACUGCUCAAGACGACUUCGAAGAGGACAUUAUCAUGGGAGACGAUGACGAGGGUUACAGUGACCUUGAGGCUGUCGAAACCAUGGCUGGAGACGACGACGAGGACGACGACGAAGACGACGAAGACGAGAUCGAGCAGCUCGUGUCGAAACCCAAAAAACCAAACGGACGGGCCAGACGCUAA